GAAUUUUUUUUCUACCUGAGACAUAAAACUAGUUGAUUUUUUAUUCUUAUUAUUUUUAUUUCGACCUGAAGUCUCACAAAACAUGUGCCUCAAGUUUCGCGGCUUCAGUUAACACAGUGAAUCGAAACUGCAUGCUCGUAUAAUUUUUAAUUCAUAAAAAUACUAAAUAACAAUUUAAAAAUAACUCAACUCAUUUGUGUUUAUUAAAUUUUUUUUUUAAAUAAAUAAAAUGUAUCCACGUUGUAAAAAUUACAUGAAAAUUAUUUAUCGAAAUUUAACAACCGGUUCUACACCGCCAAAAUCAUUUGAUAAAAUACCAGGACCAAAAUCUCUACCAAUUAUUGGAACACUGUAUAAAUAUCUCCCAAUAAUAGGUGAAUAUAGCUUUAAAAAAUUACCAAAAACUGGAAUUAAAAAGUACAAUAAAUAUGGAUCGAUUGUAAGAGAAGAAAUAGUACCUGGUGAAUUUACUGUAUGGAUAUUUGAACCAGAUGAUAUUGCUGAAAUAUUUAAAAAUGAAAAUAAACAAAAUCCAGAAAGAAGAAGUCAUCUUGCUCUUCUUAAAUACAGAAAAGAUCGUAAAAAUGUUUAUAAAUCUGGAGGUUUAUUGCCAACUAAUGGAGAAGAAUGGUCUAGACUAAGAAGAGAAUUUCAAAAAGCAUUAAGUAAACCACAAAAUAUUAUGACUUACAUUGACAAAAUUGAUAAAUCUAUAAAUGAUUUUGUAAAAUUAUGUGGAACAAAAUCAACUAAUAAUUUGAUGCCUCUACUACAUCGUCUAUCCCUGGAACUUACAUGUCUCGUUGUAUUUGAUGCAUCAAUGAAUAGUUUUUCGCCAAAUGAAAUGAAUGAUUGUUCAACAACAUCAAAAUUAAUUGAGGCAACAUUAAUAUCAAAUAGUUUAAUUCUUUCUUUGGAUAAUGGACCAAGACUUUGGCGUUAUUUUGAUACACCACUUUAUAAAAAAUUUUGUAAAAGUCAAAAUUUUAUGGAAAAAAUUGCAGUUGAAAUGGUAGAAAGUAAAAUGAAAAAAAUUAAAGAAAAUCAAGAUGACAGUGAAAAGUCUCUUCUUGAAAUAUAUUUAAAAAAUGAUAAUCUAGAUUUCAAGGAUAUUGUUGGAAUGGCCUGUGACAUGCUCCUUGCUGGAAUCGACACAUCAGCAUAUAGUCUAGCAUUUGCUCUGUACCACUUGUCAAAUAAUGAACAAGUUCAACAAAAGCUUCAUGAAGAAGCUGUGAGAUUGAUUCCGAGUCUAGAUGAUGCUGUGACAUCUGCAACUCUUCGUGAUGCAACAUACAUGAAAGCUGUUAUAAAAGAGACAUACAGGAUGAAUCCAAUUGCAAUUGGUGUUGGUAGAAUAUUAACAAGUGAUAUUGUCCUCAGUGGAUACACCAUACCAGCUGGAACAAAUGCUGUUACACAAAAUCAAGUUAUAUCAAGGUUUGAAAAAUAUUUUUCUGAUCCAGAUGAAUUUAAACCUGAGAGGUGGAUGAGAGAUAGUGUUGAUAAAGCUCAAAAUUUACAUCCAUAUUUGGUGUUGCCAUUUGGACAUGGAUCUAGGUCUUGUAUUUCAAGAAGACUUGCUGAACAAAAUUCGCAAAUGACUCUAUUAAAAAUUGUGAGAGCUUAUAAAUUGGAAUGGAAAGGUCAAUCAUUGGAGUUUGAUUCUCUUCCCAUCAACAAACCCACUUCACCUAUUAAUAUUCAAUUCACACCUUAUAACCAAUAAUCAUAAUUUUAUAUACCAAAAAAUAAAUAUAUUUCUUGAAUUUUAUUAUAUUUUAAUGAAUAUUUAAUUGACUUAUGUUUAUUUGUAGUUUCUGACUCGACAAUAUAUAUUCGUUUUUAAUUGAUGUUUAUUUAUAUUUUUUCAUAACUUUAAUAUUAACCGAUUUUUUUCCAAAAUGAUUCAAAUUGUAGGAAAUUAAAUUCUCUAAAUAGUGUAAAAAAAUUAAAGUCUGAAAAUUGACUUGUUUAUUCUUUAACAAUUUAAAAACUGACAAGAAAAAUCGACGUUAAAAAGACACUAUUGUGUGUACUUAUUUUAUUUUUGCUUGCUACGACUUAACUAAUCGGCGAAAUAUUAUAAAAAUUUGACAGACAAUACUAGAUAUAUUGAAGAGUAUGGGGUUAAAAUUUUUUUUUUAAAUCUUAAUUUGUUGAUGAGUUAUUAAUUUUUAAAGUUACGAGAAUUUUAUGUCACACGCGUGAGGUCAGCUGCAACCGAUAGAGAAAUCUAAUGCCAGCUGGAACCUAUCCCCCUCUCUGACUACAAUAAUAGAUACCUAAAUUUUUCCUAAAAAACAUUCAACUAUCUAAAAGUCUGGUGUGUUGUCUGUUUAUUUAUUUUUCUAGCGUCAUUUCAUCAUCCAAUCUGCCCAGUCAUUCACUUGUUAAAAAAAUAUCCAACAAAGUGUUAAAAAAAAACAUUAAAUCUUCAUUUAAUUAUUUCUCAAUUAACUAAAAUUAUUAAAC